AUGACGGCCGUUGCCAACACCUUGAGGCAGAGGAUGAAGAAGAGAGAGGAGGACGUAUCAUCGUCUUUGUCUUCUUCUCCUUCUUCGUUGAAAAAACUCCGGAAUGGGAAUCCAGCGAGGACGGUCGAAAUGCUCGAGCGUCGAAUAGCGGACGAGUUUCGCGUGAAGGAAUAUUUAUGGACCGGGGAUAUCGACGUCGAUUUGUUCUCGCUGAAAUGUGUUUUUACAGAUCCGACGCUCUCGUUUACCGGGUUGGAGACGUUCAGAGAUAACUUGGAGAGUUUACAGCCGAGUUUGAGACGCAUCGCGCCCGAAGGAAAGAAAAGGGUCGAGUUGCGCGAGUGCGGGAAAGACGAAGACUCGGCGGACGUCGUCGUCGCCAAAUGGCGAAUGGUCGGCAACCUGCAAUUGCCGUGGCGACCGAAAAUCGACAUCCAAGGCGAAACUCGAUUUCAGUUUCGGAGAGAGAGAGUGGACGAUGUGGAAGAAGAAGAAGAAGAGCGAGAGAGAAAGGGUGGAGAAGAGGAGGACGAGAACGAGACGUGUCUCCGCGUGGUGUCCUAUCGAGAAACGUGGUCCGAAACGGCGUCCGAGGCGCUCUGGCAACUCGUCACGCCGUUCGCGCACGAGAAGGAGUAA